CACUAGCCCCCAAGGCGCACAAAGCCACGGCACCGCGAUGCCAGGCGUCGAGCCCUCGCCACGCUAGCGACCGCGACUGCUGCCACCUCAGCCGAGACAAAAUAUGUGAUAGCAGUGCAUGUGACAACGUAACUGUAGUGUUUCUUUUCACAAUACUUAACUUCCGCUAACAUGUACAAGACGGUGCGGCAUGGCGAGAACAGCCUGCAGUACACCAUCCUGCCGCAAACUGAGGAGGUGCUCAACAACAGCGGCCUUAAAGGCAAAGGCCGUGAUUAUAGCCCCUCGAUCCACGUUCGACACUCUCGGAAAAGAUCGUCAGUGAAAUAUAUUCUGCUUGUGAUAUUUGGUAUAAUAGUAGCGUUGGCGCUGGCAUCUAUUCCACUCUAUGUUAUGAACGGAGCCCUGUACGCUCGCAGAAGCCAGCAAGACGUGAUUACGUCUUCGCCUCAUACGCCAGGUGGAAGGGAUAUAGUGAAGUCGCGCAAAAAGGACCUUAAGGAGAUAUCGCCAGAACUGCUUUCAACACUAAUAUCAAAACUUGAAACGACAUCGACUACUGCAUCUCCCACCACUGCAUCCACGACAGUUGCCACAACUGUAGUUAGUGAAAGAGCAACGACGCCUCCGUGGACUAUGCCCGCUUUGAGGUCGUGGAAAAGCUCGACAUCUUCUACAACUAUUCCUCCUAUUCCGACUGAAGACAUUGAGGAGAUUCCCCUUAUAGGCACUCCCUCUGGUAGCAUUCGACGGCUCGAUCAGUACAUGUCGAAUAAACCAUGGGCGACAAAUAGUAAUAAUGUAAUACCACUAAAACCUACUGUAACACCUGAACCAACAGUGCGGAAUAUGUAUAGAUACUACUCUCGGUCAUUCGUUCCGUCAGUUAAAACACCAACUGAUCCUCCAAAAGUUGAGGAUGUGGUAAUUACUACGAAGGGUACUACGACGCGUGCCCCUGUGACGACCGAGAUCGCGACCACCAGUGACAGCUCUAGAAUGAGUGAAGAAUGGAAGGAUACUCUUCUAUCGGUUGAUGAUGACGAGACUUUCAAGUCACUGGAAGUGGAUGAGGUGUUUUCCCUUCCGCCGCUGAAGCCGAACAGCGCGGCCGACAGCGACGAAGUGACAGUGUCCAAGGCGGGCGACGGUACGUGGUACGGGGCACGGUGGCCUUUCGUCGACACGUCAUCAUACUUUCAAUGGACGGGCUACUCCCCCGGCGACAACCUGCUGCUGCCGCUCCUGGUCGCGGCGCUCUCGUCCAUCGCGCUGGUCUUGCUGCUGGCGCUCGCCGUGCGCAAGAGGAAGCGGAGCCAGACCGCCUCAGCGAUUGGGCUCACCUCGGACCUGCAGCCAGACGACAACACGAAUCUGCUCACGGCUGAAAACCCGGAGGACGUCGAGGAGUGAGCUCCGAGUCACCGCGCUUCAAGCUUCUUCGAUCCAUCCUAGAAUGCUUCUGUACAUAUCGUGGGGAGGCACACGGGUACCACAAAAAUGGAAAUUUGAAAAUCGUUAGCUUAUUCGAGCGAUAGAGGCAAAUAGUUGAACGAACGAAAUGGUUCGCGGUUAUAACCCAGGGUAUCUGCACUCAAUUUCAAGAUUUUUGUGUAGGGACAAAGAGAAACCACAUCAUACAAAAUAUGUCAAAGACCUUGUGCUGUAAAGCUAAAUUGUAAGUUACAUACCUAUACUAUUGCUGAGUGCAGUAUCUGUGACGUUAUCUAUACAACAGACGCACAUUAUUAGUGUUAACUAGGUACUGUAAUAUCAUCUGUGGCACGGCGCAGCUUGCAAGCAAUGUUUCGGAUUUGGAACUGUGAGGGAGAUUGUUAAGAAGUCCUAUAAUCACGGUUGGUAAUCGGACGCAGAAAGGCUGAAACAUUAUUUAAACACCCGCCUCUUCUAUGUUAACACAACACAGCCAUAGUUAAUGAAAUAUGAACGUAGGCUGUCCUCGAUUGUACACGAGGCAUUCACGCACCUUGUAAUGAUUUAGCUGCCAUAGAUUCUUGGAGGUGUAUCCUCUGACGUACAUAACGGUCAUAUUUAAACUUUCAGUGCCUAUUGUUUGUAUAUAAAAUGUACCUACGUUUGGAGGUCUCCGUGCCGGCCGAGGACUUCAUAUUCAGAGAUACGAUAUAAUAUGUAAGUAUAUUUUGUAUUCACAUUAGAUAUUGGACUGUAAAUUAGGUAUGCGUCAAAUGCCAAUGUCGCUAACUUAUUUUUGUUACAAAAUAUAAUCUAUAAAUAUUUAUUGAAUGUCAUUUGCCAUCCUAUUAAGAAGUAUUAUUACUAGAUAUAUUAUAGUAGAAUACUGAUGAGCUUGCUAGUAACUUUAUUGUACGGGGCUUAUCACAAUUUGUUUGAUUCCUUUUAAGAUAUCUUCUUAGUAGCUUCUUUCGUACCCCUAUGAUAAUGUUUAUAGGACCUAUCUUAGAAGUUAGAUAAUUCUCAAUAAUUAUUAAAUGGCUAGGAGGUUUGCUAUAUUUUCUAUUUAUCAUCAUAGAUUAACUUUUGAUUGAGGUAAAUUAUAAUAAUGGAUGCUGCCUACUAAUAUUUAACUAUGUAAUACAAUAAAGGAACAAAAUUACACCCAAUCACUUUAUAUAAAAAGGUUUCCACUCUUAGUACAAUUAUUUAUAAGUAAACUCACCGUCAGCAUCUAAUUCAACAGUACAUAUUAAGUAUUCAACAAGUAUAUGAAAAAUUCAAUUCACAUAGCACGUACUAUGUAUAUCAUAUCUCUGAAGGUUCGAUUGUAUGACUCGUCAGUAUUAAAACAACCCUGUGGUAUUAACUUGACGUUAAACAUGCAAUACUUAUUUAUUGGGUACACUACAUAAAAAGUCCGAAAAGUAUUUUUUCUGAAAGCAUAAUUGUGAUUUUUAAAAUGUUUUCCUUCUUAUCUGCUAAAUUAUACAUGGCAAUAUUUGCCUCACCCCCCACCCCCCCCCCAAAAAAGGGGGAGGCCUAUGUUCAGCAGUGGACGUCUUAUGGCUGAGAUGAUGAUGAUGAUGAAUAUUUGCCUCGAGCAAAGAUGUUUCUAGCUAGAAUUCUGAUUCUAGAAACAUCUUUGCUGGAGGCAAAUAUAAAGAUAUAAAGAGAGGAAGAAUAUUUUGGAGAAAAAACUUUUCGGAUUUUUUUAGUGUUCCCCUAUUUAUUUUAUUAGUAGUCGGAUGAUAGGAUAAGGAGAAAAUAUCAAUCUUGGUGUACCUAAUAAUAUUGUACCGUUUAAACGUCAAUUUUAUUAUAUUAUAUUAUUUUAUUAUUCUUCAAUAAAAUUAUUUUUAAUAUAGACAUAAGACUGAUAUAGGAUUGCGUUUAGAUUAUUUUGAUGUUAUUAGAUACCUAGGUAGUAGCGAUUCGUUGAAAAAUAUUUUUUAUAACGGCACUAUUUGUUUCAAUUGUUUUUUCAGCAAUGCGUUUUUCGUGUGCUAUUUAAUGUAAAUCUAUUUAUAUGUAUUGUACUUCAAUGUUAGAAUACGAGUGUAAGAUCGAGGGGAAACGAGUGGGAUUGUGUAGGACUUAAAUAGUUAGAUAUUCAAAUGUGAUACCUGUGUAGUAUCGGAGACAAUGUGAUUCCCCUGUAGAAGGAACGGUCCAUCGGUCAAGACAAAAGACCCCAUUCAAAACUUUAAACGUAACGUUAUAUUGCGACAACCCAAUAUCACUGUCAUUAAGAGUAGCAUAUUUAGUAACAAACUCCGCAAUGUCACCAGUUAAUUCCAAACGUCUUGAAUGGGACCAUCGUCUGGCCCUAAAAUAUAGCCUUAAGUUGUGUAACAUUCUGAAUUCAAUGUAAUGCCAUGGAUCACUAUAUCAAUCAUGCUAGUAAACAUUAUAUCUUGCAAAUGAUCGCACACAAAUGUAUCAAUAGUUGUUAAGUUAAAUUAGCUUUUGUGACGACAUUGUGUUCGUGAUGCCAUGCGCGUAACUUUUAUAUACGCCGUUGUUUUUACACCCACCAUGUACAUAAGUAAUGAAAUAAACUGUGUUUUCCCACCUCAAAA